AUGACCAGCUAUUUCCCCCCGGUUGGGGCCAUCCCCAGUCAUGCUUCGACCGGGACGCCUUCCCCAGCGGCUUCCCCGCUGUCCCCGCCAGCGACACAGCGAUCCAAUGCCUUGACGAACCGGUUGACAAGUGUACUCUCCGCAUCCUAUGCCGACUCGGAUAUCCGCGAUGCGCUCGAGACCCUCAGCCUGCGAGACAUCCAUAACACACCGGAAGUGCGACGACAAUUGAGACUAGACGUGCAGAAGGAAGUGGUCGAUUGUAAUGCGGAGAUCGUACGGGACUUUGGGAAAGUUGCGGAGCAAUUGAAGCGAAUCGGUUCCGUGAUUACCAGCUUGAACCAGACAUGCGACGAAAUGCGAAAGCACAUCGACCUGGCUAGACAAGAUACUGGCCCUGUCCUGGAGGAGGCAUCCACGUUGAUGAACCAGAAGAAAGAGGCCGAGACGAAACAGCAGUUGCUCGAUGCCUUUACGAAGCAUUUUGUCGUUUCGGAUGAUGAUAUUCUGGUCUUGACAUCGCUGGAGGACCCCAUCAAUGACGAAUUCUUCGACGUGCUCGCCCGUGUGAAGCAGGUGCACCGCGACUGUGAAGCUUUGCUAGGCGGAGAGAAUCAGCGACUAGGCCUGGAGCUGAUGGAUAAGAGCUCCAGGAAUCUCAACUCUGCGUAUCAAAAGCUCUACAGGUGGAUCCAGAAGGAGUUCAAAUCGCUGAAUCUGGAAGAUCCCCGGAUCAGUAGCUCGAUCCGACGUGCGCUGCGGGUGCUGGCAGAACGACCGAGCCUGUUCCACAGCUGUCUGGAUUUCUUCGCAGAGGCGCGUGAUUACACCCUUUCCGAUGCCUUCCAUUACGCUCUUACGGAUGCCGUUUCCGGCACUGCAGGUGAUAGCAAUGUGAAACCAAUUGAGUUUUCUGCCCAUGAUCCCCUGAGAUAUAUCGGAGACAUGCUGGCCUGGGUGCAUUCGACCACCGUGUCCGAGCGGGAGGCACUGGAAGCCCUUUUUGUGGCUGAUGGCGAGGAGCUUGCAAGGGGAAUCCAAGCCGGACUCAGCAGCGAGCCUUGGUCUCGUAUCGAUGAGCACGAGGAAGUCGCUUUUGAUGGACAAAAGGCUCUCAGUGACCUGGUUAACCGCGACUUGAUUGGAGUCUCCCGAGGUUUGCGCCAGCGAGUCGAGCUGGUGAUCCAAGGUCAUGAUGACCCGGUUACUUGCUACAAGGUCGUUGGUCUACUGUCUUUUUACCGGACCACUUUCCAGAAAUUACUGGGACCUAAUUCUAACCUGGCGGAAUUGUUGGGCACAUUGGAAAAGUUCACUUUCGGCCACUUCGAGGCUCUUAUGAAGGACGUGGUUAGCAGUCUGUCGAUAGACCAUCUAGCUCUGACUCCUUCGGAGGAUCUAUCCACACCCCAAUUCCUAGUCGAUACACUCGAAGGCCUGACGUCUCUUAUGAAGACCUAUGAAGCUUCUUUCGGAGCGGACGAUACAGAGUCCACUUCAAACGAAAACCGGUUCACUCCUGUUCUCCGCGCCGCGUUUGAUCCGUUCUUGGAGUUAGCGACGUUGUCAGCGGAGGAGCUAUCCGAUGCUACCGCGCGUGCAAUCUAUCUGACCAACAUCCAUCUCACUGUACGAACGACCGUUUCGGAACACUCAUUUGUCAGUACAACACAUCUCAACCCCAUCUCAACGAAACUCUCGUCCCUCCGCAUAGAUCUACUGGAGAUCCAACACCGCUACCUUCUGGACGAGUCUGGUCUCCAGGUAUUGCUCACAGCACUUGAGCCUUUCUCCCAAUCUUCGCUAGCGAAACCAUCGGCGGAAACGGAGAAGCAAAACUCACACCCACCAGAGAGCCAGCCGCAGCACCAGUCUAACCUGGCUGACAUUGCGACUCUCACGGCCUUCCAACCCGAAGCUCUCAUCGCGGUUAGUCAGCAGCUCGACGACUUCCUCCCGUCCGCCUUGAUGGACGCCACAGACAAUCUGAAACGCCUGCGCAGUGCCGCGUUCGUCAAGAGCGUGACGGAGGAAGCAGUGGAGGCGUUCUGUCGCGACUUCGAGUUCGUCGAGGGUAUGAUCAUUGGUGCCGAUGAAGCAAGAGGGAAGGUUGAUGUCACUCGUGUAGACAAGGGAAGUGAGACUGGCGCCGAGAGCGAGAAGGGCAUGGAAGAGGGAGAGAAUGAAUGGGGGUUGAGAAGACUUUUCCCCCGUACUACGGGAGAAAUCCGGGUAUUGCUGAGUUGA